GGGAUUGGGUAUAACUAGUUUAAUGAAAAGGGCUGGGGUGACAUGAUAGCAGUGUUCCAAUAUUUGAGAGGCUGCCAUAAAGAAAUGGGGGACGGUCGACAUUCUCCAAAGUACCUGAGGGCAGAACAAGCAGCAGUUAUUCUCUCAAAUGUAGACGGUGCUGGCUCUUUAUUUCAAGGGAGAUGGGAUCUCUACUUCGUACACAGCUUCAAAUUUGGAUUUAGACUAAGACUGUAUUUUCACGCACGCUUCCGAGGAAAGAAGCGGCCUUCCUAUGGUCCGAGGUAAGCAGUUCGGGACGACCGAUUCUCAGGACAAAGGAAUUCGCUCAACGCACAACGCCGCACACGAAGAUAAAACAGUCCGUUUCUCUUCGCUCGCGCAGGCCUGCGUCUCGAGGACGCCUUCCUCGCAGAGUAUUAGCAGGAGUUGGGCCGCCCGCGCUGCGCCUCCCUCUCCCCUUUCCCUCGGGGGCGUGGCUAGCUUUGCCUUUCGCCAUGAUGAACAAAUGACCUCGCGGGGAAUGAAAUUUAAAUUCUACAAAGGCGAGAGAGUUCUUUGCUUCGAGCCGGACCCGACCAAGGCGAAGGUGCUUUAUGAUGCCAAGAUUGUUGAUAUUGUUAUUGGAAAAGAUGAGAAAGGAAGAAAGGUCCCAGAAUAUCUGAUCCAUUUUAAUGGUUGGAAUAGAAGUUGGGACAGAUGGGCAGCUGAACAUCAUGUACUUCGUGACACUGAUGAAAAUCGCAGAUUACAGCGCAAAUUGGCAAGAAAAGCUGUGGCUCGCAUGAGAAGAAAAGGAAAGAAAGGGCGUUGCAGAUUGCCAGGUGUUGAUUCUGUAUUGAAGCUCCUUCCUAUUGAAGAGAAUGAAAGGAGUAGUGAAAACUCUAUAAGUAGUUCUUCUGAUGAUGAUAGUGAUGAAGGAACAGAAGAGGAGCUAAAGAGUGAAGAAAGUGACAUUGACGAAAAGUUAGAAAUGAAAGAAGAGCUAGAGACUCAUACUAAAAGAGAUAUGGAAGAAAGAGCAAUAAACAUUGAAAUUCCUGAAAUCUUGAAAAAGAAACUUGAAGAGGAUUGUUACUAUAUUAACAGGCGAAAACGGGCUUUUCACGAAACGCCCAGCCUGCAGCCCCGGGAGCAGCCGAUGACUUUGGUUCCAAUGGGAGAAAAUCUGUUUAGUCUAGCGAAGCACUUGCUUGUGAAACUGCCAUGUCAGACAAAUCUAAUAACCAUCUUGGAAUCAUACGUAAAGCAUUUUGCCAUUAAUGCAGCUUUUUCAGCCAAUGAGAGAUCCCGACACCAUCAAAUGACUUCACAUUCCAAUCUGAAUCUUCAUUAUAUCCCACCAGAAAAGAAUGUUGAAUUAUGUAAAGAAAUGGUGGAUGGCCUAAGAAUAACCUUUGAUUUCACUCUUCCUCUUAUUCUACUGUAUCCUUAUGAGCAAGCACAGUUUAAAAAGGUGACAUCCUCCAAAUUUUUUCUACCAAUCAAAGAGAGUGUAGCAAAUUCUAACAGAAAUCAAGAAGAGCUUUCUCCAAGCCCACCUCUUCUGAAUCCAUCAACUCCACAAUCCACAGAUAGUCAGCCUGCAACAGGAGAACCUGCAACACCAAAACGCAGAAAAACAGAACCUGAAAUCUUGCAGUCUCUAAGGCGUUCCACACGUCACACGUCCAAUUGUGAUAGGCUGUCAGAAAGCAGUGCUUCCCCACAGCCAAAAAGGCGGAAUACUGAGGCUCCUGCUUCAAUGCCAAAAUUGUUUUUGCAUCUUGAAAAAAAAACUCCUGUCCACAGUGGGUCAUCAUCUCCUAUUACAUUGACCCCUAGCAAAGAGGGUAGUGCAGUAUUUGCUGGAUUUGAAGGCAGAAGAAAUAAUGAAUUGAAUGAGGUGUUGUCAUGGAAACUCAUGCCAGAAAGCUAUCCUCCAGGCAAUCAGCCGCCACCACCUUCUUACAUUUAUGGAUCUCAACAUUUGCUGCGCAUGUUUGUAAAGCUUCCAGAGAUACUUGGGAAGAUGAGCUUUUCUGACAAAAAUCUAAAAGCUUUAGUAAAGCAUUUUGAGUUGUUCCUAAGGUUCCUAGCUGAGUAUCAUGAUGACUUCUUUCCAGAGUCAGCUUAUGUAGCAGCCUGCGAGGCCUAUUAUACCACCAAAAAUCCACGUGCUAUCUACUGAAACUGUGGAUGCAGUCAGCUGUACAAACUGGGCAUGCUCCAUGUCUCCUAUUUUAUUGCAUUACUUCAAGAUCAAGAAAAAUUGGAAGAUAUAAUUAUAAUGUCACAAAUGGUUGCGACAGUGUUGUUCUUUUGACAUAAAGAAAAUUUCAUUUCAGAGCUAUGCUGAUGUUGCAUUCUAGCACUUGCACUUCGCUACCAGAUAAAUGAAGCUCUGCAUUGACUGUUAAUGCAUAGAACUGCAUACAAAUAAAGUAAGAAAAAGGAAGAGAUGCAUCAAAAGCAGACUUGAGAAGAACUAAUUCAUCCUGUGUUCCAUGUUAUUAUAGCCUUGCUUCAGAUUGACCUCUCAUCAUUUCUGUUUAAAAAGUAAAGGCAGUUGCAUUGUACAGGUUGUUCAUAUUUGGGAUUUUUUUUCUAUAGAAUCUAAGAAACCACUUCUGUGUUAGCAUUCUUUCUGUCUUAAGUGAUUAUGAGGGAUGAACUUGAGGAUACCUUCAAGGAAGCACUGUUAAUUCUCUGUAGGUCCAUUUCAUAGUGACCAAAUAGCUUUGAUUGGAAUUAAUUAAUUGCUUUAGGAGGUUAGGGCUUUUUGUAUUUAAGAAGAGGAUAUACUUCAUAAUUUUUGGAAGAAAGAAUGAUGUGAUAGUUAUUUGGCAAAAUUUUGGAUCUGGAAAUACUUGAGUUUUGUUUUGUUUUAAUUCUUUAGUUCUUGCUAGUAAAUCAACUAGAAUUUAUUUCUGGAAGUAACAGAAGAAUCAAAAUAUUCUGUUCAUGUUAACAAAGGCUAACUGAUUUCUAAACUGGAAGAAGCUGGUAAAUAUGGAAGAGUCAUGCUACCAUUCAGUUAGUCCAAUCUUACUGCAGCACAUCUUAAAAAGUCCCAUUAAUUUCACUAGGACUAUUAUGGUCAACUCAUGAUACAUUGCAAAUAUAAUGUAUGAGGCAAGCUAACUAGAACAAGUCUCCAACCCCCGGGCCACAGCAUACUGCCAGGCUGCGGCCUGUUCGAAACUGGGCUGAGGGAGAGAUGGGCAAGUGUGUGCACGCAUGAAGCUCCACUUGUGUGAGCGGAGGACACAAGCUCAUGUGAAGCUCCAUUUACAGGAAUGGAGCUUCGUGCAGAAGCACAAAUGCUCCCCAUUGGGCUGGACCGCCAAGCUGGAAAGGUUGGGAUUGUUGAACUAGAAUACUUCAUAUUGUACUCUGCCAAUCAGAUAAUUGAGCCUGAUGAAGCAAUCCUAUUAAGUAAUGACAUCCUAAUUGUCUUAUUUUAGAAAUUCAGCGCAUAAGUUCAAGUAGCUAAUAGUUAAGAACAGGAAUAAUGUGAUGAUGUGGACUAUAACUGCAACCCCACCUAGCAGAGCCAAAUGUUGAAAAAUCUAGGCACAGAAAUUGUAGAAAAAACAUUUUGUUGAUACUAGUCUCCGACACUCAGGUCAUGCUUUGUAAUGCCUGCCUUCAGUUUCCAAAUUCUUGCUGUUACAUAGAAAACAUUUUUUUAAAAAACAUGCUAAUGUAAAUGGGUGCAAUUAUCUUGGUGCCCUUAAAUAAUAUUUAAAUAGACACAUAUUAAAAAUGUGUGACCAGCUCUGUAAUUUGUAAGCUGUUAUUUUGGUGCUAAAUUCAGUAUAAAUAUGUUGAUAGAUUGUAUGCAUUACUUUUUUGACAUUAAGUCCUAAAUCUUAAAACGUUGAAUUGGAGCCUUGUAGUGAAUGAAACAUUUAUUAAGCUUAGUGUAAAAUACUGUUUUAAAGAUAUAAUUAAAUAUUAAUGUUGUAUGAAUGUAGAAUAAUAAAUAACAUUUUUGUCA